AUUGGAUUAUUGGAAAUCUCAGGAAAUGUGCAACAUGGCGAAUAUUAGCGUCAAGAAGUGAAAGAUCAAAGUGAUAUUAAAUUUGAAAACAAUGCUCGGACAGACAGGAAUAUACCCGUUUGGACAUAUUAAUCUGUGAUCGAGGUUUUAGCCAAAUAAUGGGUGCCAUUCUCAAACGAUGGAGGCGUGAGGAAUCUGCUGAAAAAGAAUUGGAGUCUUUGCAAGAGCAACUCCACAAACUCGAGUCUGCCAGACAAAAAGAUGAACAGUUCUAUCAACGAUUCAUUGGUCGUCUAAUGUUUUACUCCAUUAUGCUGUACAUUGUAUCAGCUGUGGUUAUGUAUUUCUACUAUUUUCCAAAGCAGUGGAAAGACAGAAUUACAAGAAUUCUCCCAUUAUUGAUUUUCCCCCUAAUAAUUUAUGGAGUAAGGAGAACACUUAUGUAUGUGUUUAGUACAAGGAAAAAGAAAAAUGCACAAAAGCUUGAAGAACUUCGAUCUAAAAAGCAAAAAAUUAUUGAAGAUGUAAAGGAAAAAGAAACCUACAAAAAAGCAAAAGAAAUACUAGAGAAGUUUGACCCUGAAAACAGUCUUGUGAAGAACGAUGCUAAGCAAGACACCAAUAACGGAAAAAUGCCUUGUGUCACUCCAGGCACUGAAGUUAGACAACGAAAUGUUCCCAGAGCUAUGUCGACACCCAACUCGUCAUUUUCUCAAAAACCAGUUCCCUUUUCUGCAACACCUAAAGUACAAAUGAUGUCCCCACUGCGAGGAAUGAGUCCUGCAAUGCAAAGGCAAUUCUUCAUCAAUAACAUGCCUCCUGGAACUCCUCCUGGUCCACCACAGCCUAUACCAGUUUUACCAAAAGAAAGAACGAUGGCUGAUAAGUUCGUAGACUACCUCGUUGGCGACGGGCCCAGCAAUCGUUACGCUUUAAUAUGUAAAGCAUGUCACUCGCAUAAUGGAAUGGCGCUGAAAGAAGGCUUUGAAUAUACAACAUUCCGUUGCUGCUAUUGUUACCAACUGAAUGAAGCGAAAAAACAACGUCCUUCAGCUCCACCACUGGAGGGAUUUUCUACUCCAGAACGAAAAUUUUCCACAGAUGAUACAACUAUAAAUGAAGAACCCUACCAUGAGACAGAAAAUGUUGAAGAAACGAUAGAAGAUAACUCUGAUAAGACCCUCCCGGAAUCUUGCUCUGAAGGAAAAGAAGCGGAGAAUAUCCAAGCAGUCCAAGAAAACCUUUAAUAUUCAUGCUGUUAAAAAUCCUCAACGUUGCCGUAACACUAGCUUCAAUUACAAUCUUAAUCGCGCCGAAAAAUUGUCGUGCCAUAGGAGAUUCGAGAGAGAAAUUGCACAAUAAACAUUUCAGAUUUUCAGUCAGUUAUUGAUAUUAUGAUCUGCUAAGAAAAAAAGUCAAUGUUCUGUUUUGCGAAACAAAAGGAAAUUUCACAAUGACCGUCAACCAUGUUAAUUUCCUAGGCUAUAACAGCAGCACUUAGCAGUAUGAGAUUGAACGACUUCUGCUUCCUGAUCCUUUUUUUAUAUACUAGUAGAAGCGAAUUAUAACUCAGAAGACAGUGGUGUUGGUAAAGGUCUAGGCCCGCCCAAUUUCAGGGAAUUAUCUGUAAGAGGAAGCCCUGUUGGUUUCUUUAGCCAUUUGGCAUGGACUUUCUUUCGCCUUUGCAAAAGUAACUCUAUGGACAGAAAGUCGAAGUUUUGUCGUUAUCGACUAUAUUUCGUCAUAAUUUGGAAUACUGGGGCCGGUUGUAUGAAAGCCGGAUUGCGCUAUCCACCAGAUAGCGAUUUUUUACCCGUUCUAGAAAAUUUCCAGCUUUUAAUGGAACCAACAAUUAUUAAAGAGGAUCCUCAAUUUAUGAAUACUAAGAUUUAAUCAAACAACGGGCGAUUUUGAGGGGGUUAAAAAACCACUAUCCGUUGGAUACCUCUGCUCGAUUACAUGAUAUAUAGAUAUAGAGAGGCGGUCUUGACUUUCUGACGUGUACACAUUGUGUGGUGUUAGUCAAUGUUUUUUAUUAUUUUAUGUUUAAUUUUAAGAUAUGUGUAUUCGAACAUAUUGAACUGGUUGUGAAAGAUUUCCAGAAACUUUAAUAUGGGUACGACCCAAAAAGAUUCACAUUAUGUUCUUAGACUUUAUUUAUUUCACGAAUAAAUUAUAGUAUAUUAUCAAUAAAUAUAUUUCAAACUUCUGAUUUCAAAAUCGGACGUGAAUAUAUUGAAAAAAUGACAUACAAUAUUUUUUCGCAAUUAAUAUUCACUGUAUCAUGGGC